AUGAACAGUUCAUCCCCUUCUCACGCGCGUGCACCUCCUCCUCCAUUCGCCCCGCUCCCCUCCCUCUCCACCGCGCCGCCGGCUCCUUCCCUUCUGCCCUGCUCUCCACCGCGCCGCCUCCUCCUCCCCUUCACCGUUCCCUCCAGCGGCAGGCACAGGGAGACGACGGCGGCGCUCGAUUUGAUCUGCCCCGCUCCCCUCCCUCUCCACUGCGCCUCGGCCUCGGCCGCCCCGUGCUCUGCCGGCGCCCGUCGGCCUCGAUCCGGCCUCGGCAGGAGAGCUCGCCCUCGAGACAGGAGGAGGGGAGCAGCAGGAUACAUGAGCAUGGCCUUAUUCUCGCGCUGCAGCCGCUGGCCUUGUCCUGCUCGAGGAGGAGGAGCAGCAGGAGGGGCGCACCCAGCCACCAAGGUAGCCGCCAUCGAGGGCUUCUUACACCUGAACCUCGACCUCCACGGCGCUGGCGUCCAGCCACUCGAGUUCAAGGGAAGGAGAGGAGGAUGACACCCAGACAUGGAGAGGAACAGCAGCAACUCAAGGUUUUUUCUCCUCCACACCUCCCUAUGCCCCUCUCUCGUUUCUAUGUGCUGUUUUGUUCAAGGUUUGCUGUUUUGUUUGCUCCUACGGAUGCUAAUGUGGCUGCCAUAUCUGUGCCAAGCAGUGCCUGCUUGUAUGACUUGUUGUAUUCAUCGUUAUUAUAACGUUGGUCAAGAUUAAUAAGGCUUAGGAGCAU